AUGACUGAUGAACUGCAGGCUUUCGAUAAAACUCAUACCUGGGAUGUGGUUGAUCUUCCUCCUGUGGCUGCUGCUCGCUACUGGAGUCUUUAUCAGAUGGAUGUCAAGAAUGCAUUCCCUAAUGGUGAUCUCACUGAGGAAGUUUAUAUGCAACCUCCUUCUAGUUCUUUUGUUCCAUCAAACAAAGCCAAGUAUACUUCUGAUCUCUUGGCUCGUGCUGGCCUUACCGAUUGCAAGACUGCCACUACUCCUGUUGAUCCUCAGACUUGUCUUACACCUCUUGAAGGUUCCCUAUUGUCUGAUGCCACUAAAUAUCAUCAGCUAGUUGGCAGUCUUGUUUAUCUCACGGUUACUCGUCCAGCUAUUGCUUAUGAUGUUCACAUUGUCGGUCAAUUCAUGGCUGCCCCCCAUUCUCCACACUAUGAUGCCUUGAUUUGCAUUUUGCGCUAUCUCAAAGGCACUGUGUUUCAUGGUCUUCACUACUCCACACAGUCUUCUCUACAGCUUUAUACCUUUUCUGAUGCAAAUUGGGCGGGGGAUCCUACUGACCGUCAUUCUACUACUGGGUUUUGCUUCUUCUUGGGCACCUCUCCUAUUAUCUAG